CCGGAGACUCUCAUUGGAUUCUCGAUUCCUCACAAUCCCCCGUGUUGAUAGAACGCGCGACCGCUUAACUUACGAACGCACCCCGUCGAUAGUCUCGGGUUCGACUCACCAACGCGAGGAGCCCUUGAUCUUGAUCUCAGCCUCGCUUCCCCCUUAAACUCUCGCCAAAUUGCCUCAUCCCUGCGUCCAGAUGAGCCAACGCCUCCCGUCAAUGCGGCCCGUUGCUCGAUCGCAGACCAUUACCACCAGGUCUCCAGACGCCGCCAUUCAGAGACCGGGACCUCCCUCCAAGACCUCGCUGGUCCCGAGACGCAAAGCCGUCUCGGUCGCCUGCAACUGUUGUCGAAAGCGAAAGGAGCGGUGCGAUGGCAAACGCCCUUCAUGCUCCACCUGUAUAACCAGAGCCAAGGCCUGCUCCUAUCCCCACUCUGACCGAGACCUGGUUCGCACCGCUCCGUUGAAGAGGAGUCUGGAAGCCCUCCAGGGCGAGAACGAGCAGUGGCGGGAGCUGUAUCUUCUUAUCAAGAACCUGCCUGACGCAAAAGCACGACAAGCGCUGGUCCAAAUCCGUACUGCUGCGGACCCGAUCGAGGUCCUCGAUUUCGCUAGGCACCUUGCUAAUUCCGGUCCAAGCGCUGGGCCUAGUUUCGCUCGUUAUAAUCCCCGAGUCGACAGUUUAGACCUCAAGGCGUUGAGCGAGAGUCGGAUCAGAGUGCACGCUCGCCCGUGGACCAUUGUCGCGGGAGACGGCAUAGUUUCUGAGCUGAUCACAUCCUUCUUCGCUUGGGACCAUGCCUUCCUCUGCCCUUUCAUUGACCCUUAUUCCUUCCUGGAAGAUAUGAGAACUGAUGACCCAGAAAAGGCCAAAUACUGUUCACCGUUUCUAGUCAAUGCCAUCUGCGCCACUCGAUGUUUCACAUCUAGCCGAGCAAAGAGCAUCAGUUCUAUAGAUGGAAGGGACAUAGGCUCCAAGUUCGUCGACGAAGCCAAGAAAAUGCUAGACCGUGAGAAUGGUCGUGCCUCACUCCCCACCGUCCAGGGCCUUGCUCUACUCUUCUUGUUGGCGGGUCAAACUGGAAGUGACAGAGCCGGUAUGAUGUAUCGCUAUGCCGCCUACGAAAUGCUCUUUCGAUUACACCUUGACAGGGUUUUUAACAGUAUAAAAGACGAUCCAGCAAAGUCACGGCAGAGACAGAUCAUAUCGAGAGCCCUCUGGGGAUUGUUUUGCUUCGAAAGUGUUGUCUCGUAUAUGUAUUUAGAUUCGUCCCUACUCGUCCCCCCAACGAUUCCUCGGUGUUUUGAGACGAACCCGCAACCAUUAUCCACUCAGCCAGGAAAUGUCGACAUGUUUGGUGCUCCUUACACCAAAGGAAGCAGCCCACCGCCAUUUGUUCCUAGAACCCUCAACGCCCAGUGUGAUCUGUCUCUAUUUCUAUACCGAGCUAUGCAGAGGAAUGCCGAGGCAGAUAUUGGCAGUGAGGAGGACCUCCGCGAGAGACGCAGUCUGUAUAAAGAAGUGCUCGAGUGGAGAAAGUAUCUCCCAGCAUACAUGAAAUAUGAAUCAAAUCCAACUCCGCAGACGUGCUACUUGAGGGUGUACUUCGACGAGGUUUUGACGGGAAUCUUGCGACCCCUGCCGCCGGACAUAAUUUUCGACAACGACUUCAAUGUGCGAGAUCUGUGCAUCAAAUACGCCGACAUUGACACGAGGAUCAUUACGGAACACAUACGGGCCUUUCCUAUGCAGGACUACUCGUGCAUGACGCUGAGCGGGCUGUUCAACGCAGUCUUAGCCAUUGUUCCGCACCUGGACGAUCCCAAAUCCCAUGCAAUCUUCUUCAAGGCAACACUAAUCCUGCGGUGGAGCGUAAGGGACUUCCCCAUGUCUCGGUUCACUCUGCUGGGGAUCAAGGCGCUCGCGUGGGCAUUGAAGAUCGGCGUGCCGCCCGAAUCCGCCCCGCAUUUUGAAAAUCUCAUGACUGGGAAGGAGGAGUUGAAAGACAUACCGCUUGCGAUUGCGCUUCCUCCGGUCGAGGCUGUGAGGAGGGUUUUGUCGGUGGAGGACGGCGAAUGUGGUGGGCCAGGGAUUGAAAUGGGUCUGUUGCUCUCUAAAUGGAGCACGCUGUCGAUUGAGUGAACGUAAAGACGAAGUUGGGGGCGAUGGGGGCUCCGUGGGGUGUCGUUCAGUGGCACAGGGGGCUCUGGUUAAUGGUAUUAUGAUGCCUGCUGCAAUGCGUCCAGAGACGCUACCAACCGUAUAUUACAAGAUACCCUUUUUUGUUUGAUCAUGUUAUAUUAGGUGCUGGGAACAUUUAUUCAAUACGGC